AGCCACCGGCGGAUCAAAGGCACCCUGGGCUGCUUGUUCGAACACUUUCUCCAGAAACUUUCCAUCUUCCACCACCGACACACGCAACGGAUAACCUUCUGCCGCCACUACUUCUCCAUCAUGAUCCCUAAGCAGAAGACCAGCCGAGGUCCGUCCAUCUUGUCUAUGAAGCGCCCAACUUAGCUUGACCGACCCCAAUCGCGGCUUGACCCAUCGGAAGACUGGCUUCCUCGCCCUGAACCUGCCAGAUCUGAUUGAUGGUUCCUUCCCUAUUUGGCUCCCCCUCCUUCCAGACAACCUCCCAGUAGCAUUUCCAGAUCUGCCAUACAAUCACACCAGAAGAGUAUUUUCAAAAAAUCCCAUAUAGGCCUCGAAAAGGAACAAUUCAGGAGCACAUGAUCCUGCGAGGCUGAGUCCACUAAACAAAGAGGGCACCGGGAGGGAUAUACUACAACAAAUUUGGUUAGCCUCUCUGGGAAUGGCAGACACCUAUGCCACAAGCGCCAAAGGAAAACCCUCACCUUAGGAAUUUGUUUAGGAUGCCAUAUAUUUGUGCUUGAUAUAGUCCUCUCCCCUGACCAAAAAGACAUGUAGGCCGACCUAGCACCGAAUAGCCCAUUAGAUGUAUGCUUCCACCUAAUAGAGGAAGGACCUCUAUCCACCCUUUCUUCUGCCACCAAAUGGAUUUGGCAAAUCCGUCUCCAAAUUGGAGAAUCCGGAAGUUUAGACUCCCCCAAGGCCCUCCUGCCAUACUUGCUUUGCAUGAGAUUAGCCCAGAUUGAAUCCCCAUUCUGAAAAUCCCACCAAAGCUUCAUGGCCGAGACCUUUUGGAUAUCAGCCAAAGAUCUGAUCCCAAUUCCUCCCACCUGUGUAGGUUUACUAAUCCUCUUAAAACUUGCCCAGUGAUAUUUAGGCCUGCCAUCUUUAAAACCCCAAAAGAAGUCAGCUAUCUUUUUAUUACUUAAAUUUAUAACUGAUCUGGGGAUUUUGGUUACUGCCAACACAUGAAGAGGCAAAGAACUCAAUACAUGCUUAAUUAAAGUCAACCUCCCACCCUGGGAGAGAGUUUUCUGCCUCCAGCUUGAUAGUUUAGAAUCAAAAGAUUCUAAGAUUUCCUUACAGUGAGUCAGCUUAGUGACUCCCUUGUGUAACUGCACCCCCAGGUAUUUGAAGGGUAACUUAGAAGCUUUCAUACCAAGUUCAUGCUGAAUGUUUAAAAUUCUGCCUGCUGAUGCAUGCUUUCCGAUCACAAAACAGCUCUUUUCUUUAUUAACCAACUGCCCUGUAGAAUUCUGGUACAAGUUCAAAAACUUAGAGAAAUUCCCAAUAGAUCUAGCAGACCCAUUGAGAAAAAUCAUGAGGUCGUCCGCAAAAGCUAGAUGGGAAAUUUGAAAGCCCCUUCCCAAAUUAAAAGUCUGAAUUUGUCCUGCUGCAAUCCGCCAGUUUAAGCCUCUAGAAAAGGCCUCCGACAUAAUAAUAAAUAGACGAGGGGAAAGGGGACCCCCCUGCUUAACCCCUCUAAACGGCUGGAAAAAACCAAAAGGCUCACCAUUGAUAUGAAUAGAAAUGUAAGCUGCCCGUAGGUUACCCAUAAUAAGUUUCCGAACCCCAAAGCAAAACCAAACCGAGCUAAAAUAGCGUCAAGAAAAUCUCAGGCCACCCUGUCAAAGGCAUUUGCCAUGUCUAACUUAAUCACCAGGUUAGAAGACCUAACCUUUCUAUCCAAGUGAUGCAGCACCUCAAGGGCCGUUAAGACUUGAUGUUACAUCUCCUUUCCCUUCAAAAAACCAGACUGUUCAUUCGAAAUAAUUUUUGGCAAAAUUUUGAUCAAUCUAGAAGCUAAGAUCCUCGUAUUGAUUUUACUAAUAAAAGUAGACAAGCAAAUAGGCCGAAAAUCCCCGAAGGACACCGGUUUUUUCUUCUUAAGGAUAAGAACCAUAUUGACACUCCCACACCCUUAGGAAUGGCAAAACCCAGGAAAAAUUCCUGAAUCGCAAGGAUCACAUCGAGUUUAAUGAUAUCCCAACAUCCUUUGUAGAAAGCUCCCCAAAGCCAUCUGGUCCUGGAGCUGCAUGCCUGCAUCAGAACCCAGUCUCCAAAUAGCAUCUCUAACCUCGAGUUCUUCCAAAUAUAUAUUGGGAAGAGUUCAAAUAAAAAGUAGUGUUCCCGUGCAAAGUGCGAAACUUGCACUUUUUCAUGUUUCGCUUUCACUUUUGCUUGUUUUUGUUGCACUUUUUCGCGGUAGCGAAAAAAUUAGUUUAUUUAGGCCUGGGACCGGUUCGGUUCUUACUCAAAAUUGGUGGAACCGUUACAAAAAUUUUAACUAAUGAAAUCGGUUCGGUUCUUGUGUAAAAAAUCAAGAACCGUUAUGGAAUCAAACCAAUACUAAACGGUUCGAUUCUUACUUUUAUCGAUCCCUCGAAUAAUUUUUUCCUCAUCUAAUAAAUGACACUUUUAUUACUUUCUACCACAUUAAAAUGUUAAAAAGAAAAUCAAACACAAGUAUUACAAUUUUAUUUAAAGUUCUAAUAACUUCAAACAUCAAAGCCCAAAUUUAAUUAAGUGAAGACUUAAUAGAAUAAAAGAAAGUUUCAAUUUUCAUUUAAUAAGUAGAACAUAAAAAUCUUAGUUAAGAUAGGAAGAUUGUUCAUCAUCACAGUAGCAAGAUAUGACGUCCACUCCAAGUAUUUCAAACCUUAAAAAAUAUAUUGAGUUUGCAUGUAUAGUUAUAGAAUUAUCAUUGCAGUCUAUUUGCUAGUAGUAUAAUUUACAAUAAUCAGAUGUGGUGAGUGCAGUUCAAGAAUAUUUCUUGGGUGUCCCUAUCCCCAAAGGUAUGGCAAGCAGUUUAAUUGUUCUGAUUCCCAAAAAAGAUAAUCCUGAUAAUUUUGGUGACUUUAGACCCAUUUGUCUGUCCAAUUUUGUUAAUAAGGUUUGUACCAAGGUGUUGGCUGCUAGACUUAUUACUGUGCUUCCAAAAUUAAUCUCAGCAGAGCAGGCGGGUUUUAUGAAUCAAAGAGACAUUCAUGAACAUAUUUUAAUUGCACAGGAGAUGGUACAUUCUUUAGAAAAAAAAGUAAGAGGAUCAAAUGUUAUUAUCAAGUUAGACAUGAAGAAGGCUUUUGAUAAGCUCUCAUGGCAGUUCUUAGCCUCUAUCCUUCAGAGAUUUGGGUUCUGCCAUACUUUCAUUAGAUUGGUGAUGAAUAAUUUGGAGGCUACUUACUUAUCUAUUUUGAUUAAUGGGGUGCCUCAUGGUUUCUUUAAACCUAAAAGGGGGGUCAAACAAGGGGACCCCUUGUCCCCUUUUCUUUUUAUCUUGGCCUCAGAAGCUUUCUCUAGAGGCCUGAAUUGGAAUUUUGAGAAGGGUUUUAUUAAACCAUUUUGGAUGGGCUCAUUGGGUUAUCCUGUCUCCCACCUUGGAUUUGCGGAUGAUUUAUUAAUAUUUCUUAAUGGGGAAUCAAGAUCGUUAAAGAAUUUUAACACUUUCAUUCAGGCUUACCAGGGUGCAUCUGGACAGUCUGUCAAUCUUCAGAAGAGUGCCUUCAUUUGUGGGGCCCAUACUCCAGGCAGAAUUCGUAUUAUGGAAACACUUCUUGGCAUGAAGGAGGCUAAACUACCUGUAAAGUAUCUUGGAGUGUACCUACAUAAGGGCAUCAACAGUGUAUAAUUAUACACUUGACUUAAUCAAUCAGUUUGAGAAGAAGUUGACACCAUGGAAACAAAAGAACUUAUCUUUGGGGGGAAGACUUAUUCUAAUAAAACAUGUUCUCAGCUCUAUUCCCAGCCAUAUCCUAGCUGCAGAUAACAUGCCAAAGAAGACAAUCAGGAUUCUUGAAAGUAAAAUGGCAUCUUUUUUCUGGGGGUCUUCUAAUAUGAAGCCUAAAUACCACUGGUUACAAUGGAACAAACUAUGAUUGCCUACUGAGGAAGGGGGACUAGGGUUAAGGUCUAUAGAGGAGGUGGAAAAAACUUUCAGCAUUAAAAUUUGGUGGAAAUGGCAGACCUCUACUACCCUAUGGACUGAGUUUAUUAGGGCCAGAUACCUUAGGGGAGACAAUAUGACCCCUAAAGUAACUGACUCCCCUGUUUGGAGGAGGAUUUGUGGGAUACACUCUCUAGCUAUCUCUUUUUGUGAUACCUCUUCCUCUGGUGCUCUUAUUUGGACUCCUCAAGAUGAUGGCAAAUUCAGUUUCUCUUCAGGAUACAAUAUGGUUAGGCAGGACCUUCCAUCUUCAUUCUCAUACAAACAUGCUUGGCACCCUAGGCAAAGUUUGCAAAUUAAACUAUUUGUUUGGAAGGUUUUGAAAAGCAUUCUUCCUUUCACUAAUAACCUGGGCAGGUUUAACUAUGUUCUUAAUCCCUCCAUUUGCCCUUUCUGUAGAACCCAUGAGGAUGAUAUGAACCAUAUUCUGUUUAGCUGUUCUAAAAUCAGGCCUAUUUGGGUCUAUUUUAUGGGUAUCUUUGGAAUUCCCUAUGAGAAUAAUAUUAUUACUAUUAAGCAGGUGUAUAUGGCUUGGUGGUUUAAGGCAGGGAGCAUGAAAUUGGUGGACAUUUUCAAACAUAACCUACCAGGAAUUAUAAGUUGGCAUGUUUGGAAAGUCUACACUAGCAUUACUUGGGGCUCAGAAACUCGUAUUCCUUCUUCAGACUCUCUAAUAACUACUAUUAAGUUGUACACACAAUUGUGGGUCAGAAGUUUCCCGAAUAUGAAGGUAAGGUCUAUCAGUGAUAUUUUAUAUGAAGAGCAUCUUAUUCCCAACAAUUUCAAAAUCAAGCGUCCAACGAUUCAAGUCAUCAAAUGGAAGAAACCUCAGGGUAAAUUCAAAUUGAAUACGGAUGCUAGCUAUUUACCUCAAAAAUCUGCAGGUGGUGCUAUUUUGAGGAACUCGACAGGUGAGAUUGUCUUAGCUCUUUCUUUUCCGAUUGUGGCUUCUUCUUGUCUCGAGGCGGAACUGGUAUCUCUUAUCUUGGCUACGGUUUGGACGAUGGAAGCUGGAUACAGUAACUUAUUGGUGGAAACGGAUUCCACUCUGGCUUUGAAGUAUGUCGUUGAUGGAGAGCAAGGAAGAUGGGGAGACGCCAUCCAGAAAAUGAAGAUCUUAGCUAAUAGGAAAGGGGUUUCCUUUUCCCAUGUAUGGCGUCAAGGAAACUGGACGGCGCAUUUUGUGGCGGCCCAAUAUCCAGCCCAAACGCAGGUUGUUUAUCGUGCUUGUGAUCUGCCAACCCAAGCUAAACAGGCCUACUACAUGGAUCUUUUUGAGAUUCCCUCUUUUAGAUUUUAGUAUACAUUUAGUUUGUUUCAAUUCCUGGUUUGUAAUGCUGAGAGGUAUUGAUCUAGUCCCCCUCUCUUUUUGUAUUUUCUCUUAUAUUAAUAAUAUCUCGGUAAAUGUCUCCCGACAUUUACCCCACUGAUUUUGGUGGUUGGCCUUCCG